AGUAUUCAGAGUCCCAAUAAAAGGGAAUACAAAGUACAGUAUGAAAAAAUACAUAUCGGCAGCAUCUUAGUUGAUCUGUCACUGAGAACGCUCUCAACGGUGUAGCUUGUUUAAACUAGAAAGUAAUCAUGGCGGAAAUGCUAAGGGCUGCUUCGAAUCCCACCUCAGAUAUUGGCAUGACCUCGCUCGCUAGAGCCUUGUCGUUUUCAGAUUCCAGCCAGCGUGACCAGAAGGAUGUAUUUCAUUCUGAGACUAAUUCACCUCGAGGCAGUGUGCCACAACUCGGCCGGAAAAUAAAGUUAAUGGAUGGCGCGAACUGCUGUGAAGAACUGUGGGUUUUUGUCAUCUACACCGGAGGAACCAUUGGAAUGAUUAUGAAGAAUGGCGAAUGUUUGAAAACAACACAAGGAUUGUCUACUGCAUCUUAGAGUACAAUCCCUUGCUGGACUCGUCUAACAUGACCCCGAAAGACUGGGUCAAGAUCGGAAAGGACAUCGAGAAAUACUACGAGAAGUACCACGGCUUCGUGGUCCUCCACGGGACCGACACCAUGGCGUACACGUCGUCAGCUCUGUCCUUCAUGUGCGAGCACCAGGGCAAGCCUGUGAUCCUCACCGGCUCCCAGGUGCCGAUCUACCAGAACAGGAACGACGGCAGAGGGAACCUCAUGGGGGCGCUGAUAAUCGCUGGUCAGUUUUUUAUUCCUGAGGUGUGUCUUUACUUCAAUAACAAGCUCUACCGAGGGAACCGCAGCACCAAGGUGGACGCCGGAAGAUUCAGUGCCUUCUGCUCUCCCAACCUGGGUCCUCUGGCUGACGCGGAAGUGGACAUCAAAGUAAACUGGGACACGGUGUUCUGGCCCACCACAAUUGAGUGCUUCCGGGUCAGCACAAAGCUCAACUGCAAUGUGGGUCUCCUCAGGCUGUUCCCCAGCCUCACCACCCAGACUGUGAUCGCCUUCCUCCAGCCGCCCCUAGAAGGCGCUGUCCUGGAGACCUACGGCAGCGGAAACGCCCCCAGUGACCGCCCAGACCUGCUGGCGGAGCUGAAGAAGGCCACCGAUCGCGGCGUCAUCAUCAUGAACUGCACCCAGUGUCUGAGGGGCACCGUAAACCCAACCUACGCCACCGGCAAGGUCCUGAUUGACGCAGGGGUGAUCCCGGGUCGUGACAUGACCCCCGAGGCGGCCCUCUGCAAGCUGUCCUACGUGCUGGCCCGGACCGAGCUCAGCCUGGAGGACAAGAAGAAGAUGAUGAAGCAGAACCUGCGAGGGGAGAUGAGUGCUGACCUGGCAGGGGCCAAGCUCUCCAUGAGUGACAGUCGCUUCAUCCAGGUCAUCGCCAACACGCUCAGCAUUAGCUGCAAGGAGGAGCUGGAAGCCAUCCGUGACGCCCUCACCCCCCCGUUGGCCUGCGCUGCCUCCAAGAUCGGAGAUAUCGACGCCUUGAAGGCCAUCCGAGAAAUGGGCAGUCACCUGGGUCUGGCGGACUACGAUGGGCGCACCCCGCUGCACGUGGCAGCCUGCGAGGGCCACCUGGAGGUGGUGAAGUACCUCCUCGGCCAGGGUGCCUCCGUCCACGCCAGGGACCGCUUUGGGGACACACCCCUAUCCAACGCCAUGCACUUCAGACACAAGGAGGUGGUGAGGCUGUUGAGGAAGACAGGGGCCCACCUCUCUACCGCUGAGCGGAAGGAAGCAGGAACAGAUCUGUGCUGCCUGGCUGCCAGUGGAGACCUGGUGGGGCUGGAGAUGUGGAUGCUGGCCGGGGUGGACCCCUCCACUCCCGGCUACGACGGACAGACAGCCAUAAGUUUGGCCAAGGCUACAGAGAACCUGGAGAUGAUGAAGCUUCUUUUGCCAGAUCCCUAAAGUCGAGGUCCAGGUAUGCACAGACCUGGAUCCAAACCUGUGAAGCCUUUUGACCGUGUUGCUGCCCUGCCACUGCCCCCGUAUCCUUCCACCUCCUCACCUGUCUGCCCUGCUGGUGCGUCUGAAGCACCUACGCUGUCUCCUGUUGGUUAAACAGAAGCUCUCAUUGACCCUCCUCCAUCUUCUGCUGUUAACCCAUCCUCCCUGGUCCUCAUCCCCCUCACUCUCAUCGUCCCUGGUCCUCAU